AUGGAGAACUCAAAGUCCAUUUCUCUGGUGGAUAAUACCGUCCCACAACAACCCACCGACGAAGGGACCCCACGACGGACAUCCACACUAGAUCGACAAGCAAGCCUGACCAAACAUCUCAGCCGAGCAUCCGUCCAGAGCCAGAUCAAAAAGCGGAAAUAUGCAAAAUGGCAACCUGAUAGACUGGGAGUUGCCCCUGACGCCAGCGACUCGCUCAGCCAGGAGUCGUCCCAAGUGCGCGGGGAAUCUAUCUCAGCCAGCCCUACCAGAGAAGGCAGCGGAGCCAGAGAUGUCGAUACAACGGACUUCGCGCCGCCUCGUAUAUCAAAAACUGUUACAAUUGGCAACGACUUGAAUGGAGUUGGAGAUCCAAGGAACAGUCGCGACGACGCAAAGCCGCACUCGGAAUUGGACAUCCUCUACGAAAACCAGCGAGGCUCAUUCUUCUUUGGGGUACCACGAUACUCGCACAGCUCCCUCUUGAACUUUGACCCCGACGCCUGGAUGACACAGGACCGCCGUACCAGCCCUGUUAAUAUCACAAAUGCCCAACUUCCCGACCCGAGUUGGGAGUGGACCUGGAAGGCAUGGUAUGUCGACAUGUCAGGCGAUACUGACGAGCAAGGAUGGCAAUACUCAUUUUCGUUUUCUUCUUCUACAUGGCAUGGUACACAGCCAUGGUUCCAUUCCUUUGUUCGGAGGAGGCGGUGGGUUAGAUUACGAACGAAGAUCCCUGACCGGCAUCUGCGUGGCCGUUCUGACUUCGAGAAAUCCCACAUGCUCAAUGAGGAUUAUUUUACCAUCCAUUCCCUCAAGACCAGAAGCCGAGAGCAAAGUGCUGCUGGUUUUCCGCGGGUAGACUCUGGAUUCUUGAACCGCGCAAGUAUGACGGUUGACGAAGAGCCACAUGUUGAUGAGAUUGGGGAUAUUCCCAGCUUGAUGCAUGCCCUGAAGCUGUCAUCCAUUGACCGUGAGAGAAUUGAUGCAUUAAAGAAAUUCGUCGAAGGAGGUGGCGAUGAGCUGUAUUAUCUACACGACAAGAUACUGGAUAUUAUGCCGACUUUCUUAUUUCAAACAUCCCGGUGGCAGUUUGUCACGUAUCUUUCUGGUGUCAUUCAGGAUUUAUCGAAAACACCCGCAGCUUCCGAUAAAGAUGCCGAUGCCAUUCAACGCAAGAAAGAUAACCUUAUUCGUGCAGUGGAAGCCUGCAAGCGGCAUAUUACUGGUCCGGAUAUGUUUAAGAAUGACAAUGGAGAGUCAGCAACUGAACUUCUUGAUUUAACACCGGCAGCUAAGCAUGAUACAUUGUUGUCUAAGCGGCCGGUUUUGGAGGAACGUUCACACUCAAUGAGGCAGGUUUUCAGGGGCAUCCCAAAAGCUGCCGAGAUUGAUCGCGAAGCAACGCGCCCAAUCUUUCUUCGUUCCUUUUUGAUUAAUGUCUCCGGUGCUGCCAGAGCUUCGAUCCUUAUGCUCUCGCGUGGCCGCCCGUGUCUGAGAAGGCGUCUCUCUGCCGUCUUAGACACCGUUGCCACCGGCCCGGAUGAACCUCUUCUGUUCCUCUAUCCCCGCUGGGCUGCGCCUGCUUUGCGGCAACGACGGCCAAUUUCUUCCUUGAAUCCAAUUGAAGGCCCGGUCAAGAAAUGCCAGGCCUCUGGUGCUCCAUUUUGCCCCGUGGUUCGCCCUUGUCCUUCGCUCACUCGACACUCGUGCCGAUGGAUCUCUGUCAAUUCCGCCCGAACUCCUCAUUCAACUCUGGAAUUUCCUCCCUCUUCGAAUAAACAAAACCGUCAAAUCAGCGCGAAAAAUGUGACUAGCUCUGAUGCUUUGAUUGGGAGUGCUGGAGAUAGAAGCUCCGCCGACAAAGAGCAGUCGGGAAAUUCCCUCAAUGAUGCCGAGAACACCACUUCUCAAAGAGCGCUACACGGUUUUGCGUUGACAAGGGCGAGGAGAAUUCAAAAGAGUAUACAGCAACCCAGACCUAAGGGUGGUGAAUCUUCGACUCUCACUCCGACGCAACGCUACAAUCAACACACAUCUCUAAGAGAUCAAAAGAAGCUCCGGGCUCGGGCAUAUAUGAAGAAACAGUAUCGAAAGCGGUCAUGGCCCUAUAUUGAUAAGGCCUGGUUUGAUACAAAGGAUGUUAUAGAGGAGACUCAGCAUAAUGUCCGGAUAAGAGUCAGGACUCGCACAAAGCAGAAGGAAAUAUAUGUCGCAGAGGAGACCCUAGCUCUGUUCGCUGGUGUAAACCAGCAUACUUUCCAAGAAAAUAUUUGGCACGUCCCGAUCAACAAUGGAUGCCGUGUGCAAGUCUUACCUGCACGUGAAAACAAAGGACUCCUCCGCCGAGUUAUUCUGUCUGGUACAGAUCGUGUUUUGGAGUUGGUGGAAGGGCAGUUCACUCGUGCACAGAACUCACAAGAGACAGGCGAUCCUCUUGCGGAUAUCCACAAACCUUUGGUUCCGAUUUGCUCAUCGCGAGGCGCUAUGGAGCGCUCCAAGGUCCCGGUGCCAUUGGUUCGAGGGAUUUGGUGUUUCCAGGAAGAUUGGAAAUCCCGCCUGACUUUUGACGAAGUCAUGAUGGCUCGUCCUAUUGUCAACUCAGUGAAGGACUUCAAUGAGCACGUCGAGGAUGUCACAUCAUCGCGGUUACCAUACCUCGAUGAGAAGGCCAUGAAUCCAUCGAAGACUCCUGAUAUAGAGCGGAUCACAAAACAUAUCUUGAAGUUAUUUGAUACACACCACAAGUACAUAUCAACUGCUGCGUUACAUCUUGCAUUGGAAUUCCUUUGCCAACAUGAAUUGAUUUCUGCUGCUCGGGACUUGUGUUCUCGCGCAGAGCAGGUGGCCACAGCAAACACAUACAAUAUCAUGUUGAAGAUUGCCGCACAGCGUCAAGAUGUGAGGGUUUUUCGUCACCUCAUACGCGAGAUGGGUCGCGCACAUCUCAAUCCAAACUCAGAGACGUGGCUUACCUUGCUAAGCGCUCUGGUUAAACCUAGUGAAAAGGCUGAGCUCAUUGGACAUAUGGUACAAUGCGGUUACAUGUCCGACAUCAAUACUAUCCAGGGCGCACUCCAACAGACGAUUCAAGAUUCGCUCCUGGUGCAUCUAGAAUCUGGGAAAGAUAUAGACUCCUUCAUUGACCUCAUGGCCAGCACCUACGGGGCCAAUUGGUUCAGUUCUUCUUUAAUGGGCCAAAUGUUCAGUACGCUCGCUCGGUUGAAGGAUCAUGACUCCUUGAAACGGCUAGUGCAAAUCUGCAUUGACAGAAAAAUACCCCUCGACGGCCAUGCGAUGAACGCAAUUGUGACAGUGUUCCGGUCAGAUGUUUUCACCGCUGUGCGGUAUAUUCUCAAAUGUCUCGACGUCCCUUGGUUUCAAUCAUCGAGAGAGCAGUGGGAGCUUUUGUUCCUAGCUGCAUUCAAGCGCCGCCACUACAACAUUUGCCUGGUAUUAUGGAGAUACGCGUGCAUGUAUCGAGUCGUGACCCAGAAGAUGAAACAGACUGUCCUGGUUUCUCUGUGUCGCAAUGCGUUCGCUAAGAAGAACAAUGAGCUCAGUACUUUGUGGAACAUCGAUGCUGGCAAAGUCAUUGUCGGUAUCGACUUACACCACGAAAGUUACAGCAUGGCAGAUUCCAUUCUGGACGAAAUUCCUUCAGAGUUCCGACACAAUCCUCUCCUCUUUCUCAUCGGAUGGAAACCCGAAGGCAGCGAGCGAGCUCACCAAAUCCGUCUUGCCAAUGCCCUGAUUCAGCGUGACAUCAAACUGGGUCCUCUCUACAAGCCUAAUCAUCCCUUCCGGUUCAUGUUGGAUGCAGCCGCCUUCUUGGAUUCCGAAUGGCAUGAUGUACCGCGUCCUUUAACGUGGAAGAUGCAGAACGCCAUCCACAUCCCUAUCAUCCGCAAAGACCAAUAA